AUGGGCAUGGCUGCCAUAGGAAAGCCCGAGCUCACUGGAAAGGUUGCAGAAGCAACAGCAUACGAAGUCGGCUGUGUCGGCGUCAACCUCAUCCACGGGCCUGUCCUUGAUGUGUUGUCCACUUCUCGCCCAUCACCGCUGGGAGUACGAGCUUUUAGCGAUGACCCGGUCACAGUCCUGACGCAUGGUCUCGACACGGUCCGGGGGUUCAAUAGGUCAUCUAUACUGAGCUGCGGCAAACACUUCCCGUCGUAUGGAGACGUCGAGUUUCCAGAUGGUACCGAAUUCAGUCUGCCGUCAGUCGUCGCUAGCGCUGACAACUUACGAAAGAGAGCUUUUGUACCCUUCCGUGCCUGUGCACAAGCAGGUAUGGAUGCUAUCUUGGUCGGUGGUUGUUCCAUGGUGGUCGAUGGCAGGAACGUAAGCCAUGCCUGCUUGGAUCACGACCUGGUUUCCAACAUCUUGCGGCGAGAGUGCUCUUUUGAGGGGUGCAUCAUCUCUGAUUGUCUUGCCAUGGAGGCACUGUGCCAUGAAAUUGGCACGUCACAAGGCGUCAGUCGAGCCAUCCGGGCAGGCUGUGAUAUGGUGACUGUCUGCCAGUCCAACCAAGCCCAGCUCGAAGCUCUCGUAUCCCUCAGACUCGCGGUUCAGGAUGGCAGUGUUUCCCGAAAUUCCUUAAUAGAAUCAAACAGCAGGAUCAACAAGAUGAAAGAUCGUUACAUGUCGUGGGAACGAGCAUUGCAUCCGCCGGGAGUCACUGGUCUGGCAUCGCGGAGACUGGAGCACCAGACGCUUUCAAGUCGCGCUUUUGAGGGAGCGUUGAGUCUAAUCCGCGAUCGUAGCAACGGCCUGAAUACUCUCAGAAACCUCCCCAAGGAUGCACAGGUGCUGCUUCUCACACCCGUCGUUGGGUUGUUUCCUUCGAUUGCGACUCGGGAAACGCCAACACAACCUAAUGAACGACCAAAGGCCCCACUUGCGCCCGGGGAAGAGACUUUUCAAACAUUCGGAUCCACGCUGGCCAAGUCUUUGAAGGCCAGAUUAGUACACACAUCGUACUCCGCCAACGGCCUUCGUCCACUUCACGAGGACCUAAUCGAGCGCUCCUCGGCCGUCAUAGUUUUUACAACAGAUGCUACGCGUAACUCAUACCAGUACGCAGUCACCAAACACGUCAACAUGCAAUGCAAGUAUCAAAUCUGCGACAACGGACAGCGGAAGGCCCUUGUUGUAGCCGCUCUGAGCUACCCGCACGACUUCCUCGCGGAUCACAGUAUCGAAACGUACAUAUGUGCCUAUGACUUUACGGAGCCUUCUCUGAGGAAUCUCGUCCGUCUGCUAACGGGCAAGCUGUAUGCCACAACGAUGCCGCCAUUGACAACGGCUCGACGGGCUUUGGCCGACUCAGCGACGGACCGAGUGCCGUCACGGAAGACACUGUGGUUAGUCGAAGCAUUUGAGGUAGACCGCGAUAGAGCAGGAUUACAGAAGCUCCUAGAAAAUACUUCGCGAACCCAGCUGAUUCCCGUGGUGCAGGAGAGGACGUGUUUUGUGGUACGGAAUAGCAGCAUGAGGACUCUCCUAGGCUUGAUGAUCAUGUCGAGCCAGACAUCGAGCGGAGGCCACGCGGGUCAGAUAGAAGCGGUUCUAGUCGAUCCGGCUCGGGAGGGACUGGGGAUCGAGGAGUCGCUGCGUGAGCACGUAAAGGCAGCCGUGGAUUCCGGGCUGGGAGAGAGGGACUGA